AUGAUAAGCGGAGGGCUAAACUACGUUUCUUCCGCUCCCGCCUUUUCAAACGACGGGAAGCGCUUUCUCGUUUGCAGCGGUACUACUGUCUCCGUUUUCAGCACCGCCACCGGCUCCCUCGUUUCCUCUCUCCAAGGCCACACCGGCCCCGUCACGGCCGUCGUUGUGGUCCCCACUACCGCGUCGUUACUAUGCUACUGUUGGACCGCCUCUAUCGACGGAACCAUUCGCCAAUGGAACUACUCCAUUCCCGAAUGUGUGAAGAUUCUCGACCUUCGCGUUCCCAUUUUCUCCUUGGUGGUGCCUUCGGUACUGUUCACGAGGGAAGAAAAUGACGCCAAGUCGUCGCCUAAUGUUAUUGCUUAUGUUUCUGUUGAAAAUAGAGAUGCACAGGACAAGCGUCCCAAGCCUCGUUUUGGACAGAUCAGGAAGUGUAAUUUGACCAACUUUCAUACUGUUAGCAACCUAAUAUUGAGAGAGACUGAACUACCAGAAUCUUUAACCAUUAGUCCCUCAGGAAAAUUUAUGGGUAUAAAAGACAAGCGGAAACUUCAAAUUUGGAAAGUUCCUAAAAUGGAUUCUAAUUCUGCUGUGUCUAAAAAGAUCACCCUGCAUCAUACCAAGACCUUUACAGUUCUUGCAUUCCACCCGUCAGAGAGAAUUGUGGCUGCUGGUGAUGUAACUGGAAGAAUUUUGAUUUGGAGAGGUUUUGGUGCUCAUAAAUUCCUGAACAGUAAUGGAUUAGUGAAUGCAGGAUCGACAGAUAAGGAAGAUAAGCCUGGGGUAAGGGAAAAUGAUGAUGCUGAAUCAUGCACCACGUGGCAUUGGCACUCUUCUGGAGUGAGGCAUUUAUCUUUCUCUUCGGAUGGAGCCUACCUCUACUCAGGUGGGAUGGAAGGAGUUCUUGUGCUUUGGCACUUAGACACCGGAAACAAGAAAACUUUACCAAGAAUUGGGUCUCCACUUGUUUAUUUUGUAGAUUCUCCUGAUUCAUCACUCUCCUUGUUAUCUUGUGCAGAUAAUCAAAUCCAUAUAUUGAAGAUGCCUUCUAUGGAUAUAAUAAGGUCUAUUUCUGGUAUCAAGUUGUUUACUCAAUUACCUGUUUGUCUUUCCAGCCGAGUUGCCUUUGACUGUGCAUCUGGUUUAGUGGCUGUACAAACAGAAAACUAUCGCAUCCAAUUCUAUAGUUUGUUUGCUGAUCGUGGAGUUUAUGAGGUUCAAGUAUGUGAAAGAAACCAUCAACCAGUUGAUGAGGUCACGCUGGUGGUGAGCUUGGUGGAGCUGUCUGUUGAUGGCACUAUGAUGGGUACAGUUGAAGUGAAACUUCCUGAAGAUGGUAUAGGAGGUCUUGUUUGUUUGAAGUUUUGGGAUUUGGAUGAUAACAAGAGAUUUUCAGUGUCCACCCUUAUUUAUGAACCUCACAGGGAUGCUCAUAUUUCGGCUGUUGCUUUCCAUCCAACUCGUCACAUGGCUGUCAGCUCAUCCUAUGGUGGAGAUUUCAAGAUAUGGGUAUGCAACGAAGAAAUUCAGCAAAAAGGCCAGAUGCUUCAGAAUACCGGUUGGAUGUGUCAUGCUGUUGGGUCAUACAAAAAUAAAGCCAUGAGAGCUGUUGCUUUUUCAGCUGAUGGUUCUGUGCUGGCAGUUGCUGCAGACACUGUUAUUACAUUGUGGGAUCCUUAUAAUAAUGUCCUUGUUGCUGUUAUCGGGGAAACUCCAAUGCCUAUCUCGAGUCUUGUCUUUGCUGGAAGGUCAGAUUACCUUCUGUCUGUAAGUAAUGGUUCAAAACCACAGCUGUCUGUUUGGAGUAUGUCAAAGUUAGCUGCAUCUUGGUCGUACAGACUCCAAAUAGAAGCUGUCUCCUCUGCAAUAGAUUGGUCAUAUUUUGCUGUCCUUGCUCUGCUUCCUGAAAUGAAUAAUCGUACAUUUAAAGGGGAUGGGCUUAUCUUAUUAUUCAACGUGACUGAUCCUGUUCCUGUGACCUAUUGGUCUGUAACUAAGGCCAAAGGAGGGGGUCUUACUUUUCUCAAAGGAGAUCCAUCUGAAGCAUCAGUUAUUGAUGGGAAACCAUCACAGACACUGCUUGCGUAUAUAAAUGGAGAUCGUGAAUAUGUCAUUUUUCAUCCAUAUGGCAAAGAAGCAUGUGAGCUUAGUAUCACUAGGCAGGAUGAUCUUACGUUUGAAGAAACAGUACAAUCUGGAUACACAUCAAUUUAUGGAGAGCUACCCAAGUUUGAUUUGAAAAGGAACAUGGCUUCGUCAAUAUCAUCCGCUGCUUCCGAGAGGCCUUGGGAGACCAUAUUUAGUGGAUCAUCACAUUCGUUGCCACCCCUCACCAAAUUGUGCUCGGAAUUUUUGGAGUCCCUGUUGGAGAAGAGAACAAAGACUAUAGAAUGA